GUUGAAAAAAGACCUUCUGGUCUGAGCGCCAACAAUUCAAAAUUGAAUGAACCCCAUCUGUAUCUACCGACAACCAUUCCGCCAUUAAAACAUUCUUCACUCCUCUGUCGUCUGGAUCCGGCGUCUCUGCCUUGGUUAAGCAGCCAAGGAGGGUGCCUGGCUGUUUUCAUCCAUCAGAUCAAAAAAUGAAGGGUUGAAGAUGAAGGGUUCCAUUUUUUGCACGAAUCUCGAGGCCUACUUUUCCAUCUGUGCCGUCCAUUUGAGUAAGGCACCUCUGCCUUAAGGCAGAGGAUCCCAAUCCCUGUCGUCUUCUCCAUCGCUCCAAAUCACCAUUGUCCUCUUCUCACUCCCUUAAAUCUCUCCCUUUACAGGAAAUACAACACAAUGGGGUGUGUUUCGUCUACUCUGCUCAACCACGACGACGAGUUCGCCCAAAUCGGCGGCUCCGCCGGCUUCGGCCACCACAUUGUGUCGCUCACCUCCACCACCUACGGUCUCUUGACUCUCGAUCCACCGGCGCGUUCGUCCGGAGACGAAGAGAGUAGUGUUUCCCCAGUGCAGACCACUGCGCCAGCCACACCUACUCCGCCCACUCGGUUCAGUCUCGGGACACUCUUCGCUAGCCCGUUGCUUUCCGAACCUAGAUCGGUCAAGUUUUCUGAACCGCCGUCUGAAGUUAUCAACUCAUGGGAGUUAAUGUCCGGUCUUGAUUCAGGACAACUGUUCAGCCAAAGCGCCGCUAAGAGCUUUCGAUUUGCUGCUUUACCUACUUCCACUGCAGACAGUAGCUGCAAAAAUUCUCCUUUACGCUCGAAGACAAUGCUUAGUAAAGAAAACUCGAACCCUAAUGUUUCCUCAGAAGGGGCUGAAGCUGAUGAAUCGGUCGUUCUAAAGUCAUUGAGCUUAGUUGAAGCCACACUGUCCAGAAAAUCCUUCAAUUCCAAGUACCCUUCUCUCGAUCAGUUCGAAGAGCUAUGCCCGCCAAAUGGGCAAAACAAGGUUGUGAUCUAUACGACGACCUUGAGGGGCGUGAGAAAAACCUUUGAAGCUUGCAAUGCGGUCAGAUCUGUUAUUGAGGGAGCUGGGGUUUCCAUCUGUGACAGGGAUAUUUCAAUGGACAAAAGAUUUAAGGAAGAGCUUAGGGGUCUGAUGAAGGGUAAGGAUAGCAGUGAGCUAAUACCUCCACGGGUGUUUGUAAGAGGGAGAUACAUUGGAGGUGCAGAUGUGGUAUUGAGGAUUGCUGAAGAAGGGGGGUUGGGGGAUUUGCUUCAAGGAUUGCCAAAAUUGAGAGUCGGGUAUGUGUGUGAAGGUUGUGGUGGUGCACGGUUCUUGCCUUGUUUCACAUGUAAUGGAAGUUGUAAGAUGGUUAUGAUGGUGAGGGAAGACAUGGAGGAGAAGCAUGGCAAAACUGUGGUGGUGAGGUGCUCUGAUUGCAACGAAAACGGCUUGGUGCUCUGCCCCAUUUGUAGCUAGAAGGUGCACCCCAGCCAAUCCGCCAUUUCUUGUGUCCCUGUUGUAUGCCUGUAGCUUGUCCGGUGGGGUUUGCAUUUUUGCAGCUUCAAAGGAUAAGUGGAAAGAUGGGAUCCGGCCUCCAGUUUCUAUAUUGAAGAUCAGUUUGAAGUUCAACAGGCCGCGGAAACAGUUUCUACAAUGUAUCAAUAGAUUAUAUGUAAAUUGCUUAAUUAAAAUGGAUCAGUAAAUUAUUGUUACUUGAAAUUCCAAACUUCCUCUGUUUGGAAAACUAACAUGUUCCAGACAUCUAGAACAAAAUGACUUUCUCAAUAUGACUUUGAUGUCUGUUGCUUUGCAUCAUAUCCAUAACGGUAUUGACCAACCCUGUUUGUAGUUAUAUGGACUCUAAAGCCCUUAGCCCAGAC